AUGCCUGCCACGAUCCCUGCCGGCCCAGCAGAUCCUCUCGGAACCAACGUACCGUCUGAUCUGCCCGCCAUGCCGACGGCAACAACGUCAAGUCUGACGCCCGAGUCAGAGCUCCAGCUCGCAUUCGAUGCAUCAUUCAUUCCUAAAACCGUCAAAGACAUCCUACCAGAAGAUAUCAUCGUCCGUCCACUUGCUAGCGAUGACUACAACCGCGGCCAUCUCCGUGUUCUCGCGGACCUCACCCAGGCUCCCGAUAUCGGCCCUGCCGUAUGGUCAAAGCAAUUUGCUCUCCAACUCGCAUCCCCGGACACCUACUACCCUAUCGUCUUCAUCCACACACCAACAGACCAGAUCGUGGCCUGCGGAACACUCUUCGUCGAAUUCAAGUUCCUGAGGAAUGCGGGGCUUUGCGGACACAUAGAGGAUAUCGUCGUGCACAAGGAUGGACAAGGAAAAGGGUUAGGGAAGAAAAUCAUCGAGGUAUUGACAGAAGUCGCGAAGAGGAGAGGCUGUUACAAGGUCAUUUUGGAUUGUAGCGAGAAGAACGUGCCUUUUUACGAGAAGUGCGGUUACCACAAGGCAGGAGAGCAGAUGGCUGUGUACUACGUCUAG